AGAGAGAGAGAGAGAGAGGGACAGGGAGAAAGAGUGAAUGCGAGGUAAUUGCAACUGAUAAAAUUGCUGCGGGACGAGCGCGCCGCCGAGAGAGCUCCGAAACGACCCGCCAGCGCUCGAUUAUUUAUCGUUUAAUCCACGCGAUCGACUAAUCGCGGUCUCUCGCGUUGAAUCCGGAUAUGGAGAUAUCAAGUUAUCGCGCCGCGAAGAAAUGCGCCUCGCGCACGAUCUUCCUUCACGUUUCAUUUCUUCAACUUCUCGUCCUCCAGCCGGGCAUUUCCUUCUUUUCGCACGAGCCCUCCUUCCUUCCCCUCCUCCUCCUCCUCCGACAAUCGCGGGCGUUUUCGGCGGGUAGUUAACGAAUUUCCCUGCGGUCUCGCUACACCGAAUUGGCAAUUUAGCGACAUUCCCGAUUCGCGGCUGGAAAAUUCGCGCUACGCCGUUUUCCCGCAUUUGCGGCGAUAAUAUGCGACGCGAAUUCCCGAUCUCCACCUCACCCCCGCCCCAUCCCCCCCGACUCUCUUUCCCGUCCCGUCCCGAUGCAGCUGUCACGUACUGAAUCGCCGCUGUCGCGCGACGGCAUUGCGAAAAUUUCGCCGUGGGCACGACCGUGGGUGUGCCUAAUUACCGCUCGUUUGGUUCGCACUAAAUCGAUCGCAUUACAUACUAAUACGCUGGAGAUUGUGCGAGGCCAGAUGGCGACGGGGAAAGGAGAUUCGUAGGCAGGAACGGGAGAGAAUGGGAUUUAGUUAGGGAUGUUGUUGUAAUGAUCGUGUAAUCUCUUCGAGCGGCACGUACUUAGCCGAUCGUUAUGUGCAACAAAUGGCUCUCGACAAACGACGUCUUUUGCGUAAAAUUCUGCUUAGUAUUUCGUACAAACGGUAGUACACAGACUGUCGCGACUCUUGGCAACGCAGACUUGAAAAUCCAAAGAAAAGCAAAAGAAGUCACGUCAUGUGAUCGAUAGAUUGCAUGUUUAUGUCGCUUCAAGGCUGGUACGAUUUCAGCGACUCUCGCUUGAACAGAAUAUUUCUACAAGAAACUAAAGGAGAGCUUCGGCUGAUGUUCGGUUAUUCUACACGGGUGUGAGAAACGCAUACAAUACUUUAUGUUACUUCAAAUCGUAUUAUGCAAAUCGUGUGUCAAGCUUUUUCAGCUUGAUUAUUUCUGAAAGGAGAAACAGAAAUAUGAGAGAAAAGAAAUAAGGAAAGAAGAAAGGAAAUCCAAAGAACCGUGAUUUGCGCGGGACGGCUGGAGGAGCGAGCUCGAUUACUUACUAAAUCGGGAUUUCGCACAGAGUGCCGCUAACAACCCUGUUAGUAAGAAAUCUCGCGCGCGAUUAACGUCGGUUGCCGGCGCUUGUUCUUCUCUCUUCUACUUCUACUUCUCUUCUUCUUCCCCGCAUUUUCCACCAGUCUCACUGUCUCUCGCCGCGCCGAACGCGCGACGUUUGUAAAGACGACACGUUGGGUCUCGCGACGGGGGUAGUGGUGGUGGUAGAAAGUGGCGGCGAGAACGGGGUGGCUGGUGGACGGUCGGUCGGUCGGUUUAAUAAACUUACGGGCGUUAGGUAAAAGGAAAGAGUCUUUCACCAAAGGCUAUGCAAUAACGUGUAAUGACAUUAUGCGCAAAGGAAGUCGCGCUCGGUUCACGAUCAUCGCUGAAGAGCACUCGUCUUUUUCCUUUUUUCCUUCGGGCCGUAUCACUCACUCUUUCUCGUUCUCUGUCUGUCUCUCUCUCUCUCUCUCUCUCUCUCUCUUCCUUUUUAUGUAUAUACAUUUCUCCUCUCGCACUUCCAUUUUCUCUUCCUGCUCCCGUCGUCGUUUCUCCUACUGCGCCUCAGUCGUGAGAAGAUUUCUGGCUGUGAAGUCUCUUUCGCUCGGCGCUUUUUAAACAGCUAAACGGGAAGAAAAAGUUGGUGGCGAGAGAGGGAUGAUCCGGGGGGAUGAUAAUUGGAGCGGCGACAAUCAUCGGGGAGGAUUUAAGAAAGCGAGGCAAAUAACGCCGCUGUCGGAUUAACUCCCGCUGGCGACGAAUGUCCAGCGUAGAGAAUUCUAACAAAUUCUCGGGAUUCUUCAAAGGUUAUUGGAUUCUUCUUCUUUUCUUUUUUCUCUCUUACUCACGACUAAUCAAUGUAUUUUUACUUUUGUGAUCAUUCCUCUACUAAUAUCGUUCUAACAUUCGAUUAAUAUCGAUAUUAGAUCUCAAUAUUAAAUUUCAUUUUAUUACAUUUUUUUUCGUUUAAUCAUAGCAAAUAUAAUCGAAAAUUAGGUAUAUUAUAUAUUCUAUUUCUCAAAAUUCUUUCAUGUUAAAAAUUACGUAAAGGAAGAAGUCUCUUUGAAUGAAAGGAGCCGGCGAUAUUAUUAUUCUCCUUGUCUUAAGAAAAGGAAGGGAAAGAAUUCCACUUAGCGCGCGGUAAUUUUUACGUCCCCAUCGCGGAUAAGGGUGAGGUAAAUUUCGCACGGCAGGUUGCUCGUAACACGGCUAAUUUCGCGAUUUACAGCGGCAUCCACGUUGCGGUAGCUCGUCGGCAACGAUUUUUGAACCAGUACAUUUUGUUUUGUCCGGUGGACAAGUGUUUCUCGCAUUUCCGUGCUGGAAACGGCACCCGAGGACCUCUUCCGCGAUUCUCGGCGUACGUGCGUUCCGCCUUGUUAGGUAAUUUCGAUCUCCUUUACGUCGGACAGCCGCCAUAAAAUUAGCUCGAUAAUUACGUUAAUAAUUUCACUCGCUUGUGCAUAUUGUGCAAGUUAGAACCGAGAGGAAAUUAAAGAGAUUAAAAUCCAGAAAAAAAGAAAUGCUAACAGCGGUAAUAAUUGAAGACAUGGAGAGUGGCGUGUACGUGGCGAAAACUUCGAUGACGUUAAGGUGACGUUAAUUAGGAUAGAAUCAGGUCACAUUGGCGUAAAUGUGUCCACGUCAUGUUUGUUCGACUAGGAGGUACAAACUUGUUUUCUAAUUAUUUUACGAAAAACCAGUUGUGCAUUUAUAUAUCGAGAUGAAAAAAUUAACGUCUGUAAACGGAAUUUUUUUUCGAUUGUUUCAUAUUAAUUACACUAUCAUCAUCCAAGUCCCCAAAUAGUCAGCCGCUUUCUCUGUAUUGAGGUUGCUCAAAGAACGAUUUGAGAAUUAUUCAAUAUUCGACCUGCAUUCAAGCUCUUUCUUAAUCUCAAUCAGCAACGCAUUAAUCGUAUGACUUUUUCAACUGCAGAGAGUAUGUGCGAUUAGCAAAUAUCAAAUAACUAAAUAUGGAUAAAUAAUAGAAUUAAUGAAUUAAUGACAAACUCUUUCCGUGUAAGCCGUUUAUUAUUUUUAUUAGCAUUCGAAAUUCUGAUAAAAUUUAGAAAUUCAAAAGGAAUGUAGAGGAAGAAACAAAAAUAAGAAUGUAGAGGAAGAAGUAAAAAUAACAAUUAUACAUUUAAAAGCACCGCCGUAAAAUUAUCCCGAUAAUUGCGUUAAUAAUUUCACUCGCUUGCGCGCAAGUUAGAACCGAGAGGAAAUUAAAAAGAUUAAAAUUCAGAAAAAAGAAAUGGUAAAUAUUUAAAUUAGGCUUUAUUUAGGUAUUAUAAAGAGACUACGUAUAAAUAAGAAAAAAGGAGCACACUACUCAAGAAGAGUAGAGCACACAAAUCAGCAUUUGUAAGACAAUAAUAAUAAAGUAUAAAUUUCGACUCACGCAGCCCAAUACGCAUUCUACUAUCCUGAUAGCCGUUACUACUUCUGGAAUGUUUGGAAAGUGUUGGUUGUUGUGAUCUCCCAGCCCGUCAUUCAUAGGUGACGGUUUAACGACAAUGAUAGGCGACUUGUGAGAGAGGACACGAUUUUGCCAAUUGUUUUGGUACUCGCGCGUGUCACUCGCCCUUCUCGCGUCGUGUGUCUUCCCGCAAACAACACAUUACGUCUCGAGUCACAGCAACACGCGUACCGCAACGCGGAGCACAUGUACCUAUCGAGUGAUUGAAAUAUUUUCUCGGUUCUCUCGAAGUAAGAAUUUGAGUUCUCGUCGGUAUCGCGUUUAUUAACAUUUAUUUCUCCGAUCAUAUCGAGCUACGCGAGUGUCAGUGCCAGUGUCAGUGUGCUACUAGUGAAUGUUCAGAAUACCGCAAUGUUCAGAAUACCGCAAUGGAGCAAUUGGGACCAAAAUAUUCGGAUCGAGUAACCAGGAUGCGAGUAGUGACGCAUCAUAAUUUCCAGGUGAACGGACAGGACGUUUCGAACUCUAGUCACGAAGAUGCUGUGCGUUGCUUCCAGUCGGCCCAGGAGCCAAUUAUCGUCGAAGUUCUUCGACGACAGCCGACGCAUCAACAGGUUCCUCACACGCCCUCGAAGGAGCACGAAAGGAUCGCGUGCCAGGAUAAGAGCGAGGGAACGACGAACGGGAAGGGCCCUAUAGACGAGAGAACGUGCAACGACGAUGCGAAGAAGGACACGGCAUCCCCCUUGGUAUCAACCGCGGUCCAAACGGACUGGGCCGGUCUCAUCGAAGAGGAGGAGCUGCUUCCGGUUCCUCUCGUGGUCGAGGAACAGGCGAACGACAGUUUCGAAGACUUUCUCGCUCACGACAUCGACUUCGAGGAGGUGACGUUGCGGAAAAGCGGAAGUGCCGAGAAGCUCGGGCUGACGGUGUGUUAUAGCUCCGGUUCCGGCAGCGAGGAAGCCGACACAGAAGUUUAUAUCUCGGAAAUAGUUCCUGAAAGUCUCGCGGCCCGGGAUGGCCGGCUGCGAGAGGGAGAUCAAAUCUUGCGGGUCAACGGCAAGGAUGUCGCGAACAAGGAGCAGACUGAGAACUUGUUCGCGGAAACGAAAAAUGCUGUGACAAUUCUCGUCAGCCGAUGUCUAUAUCAAGAUGACGAGUACGAUGACAGGCGCAUCUAUCAUCAGGGCUCGCCGCCGCUCUCGCCUGAGAAUCUACCGGCGUAUCAGAACAGCAUGAUCGAGCAGCUGAUCCGUCAACAGCAACAGCAAACGGAGGAGCGUACCAAAGAAAGCGAGGUAAACAACUCCACUCUGAAAGCACCCCCUGCUAUACCUUCUCAUACUCAACAACAACAGCAGCAGCAACAACAGCAGCAGCAACAACAACAACAGCAACAACAACAACAGCAGCAGCAGCAGCAACAGCAACAACAACAACCACCACCACCUGUCAACAUUUUCUCCACGAACUCGUCGUCCACGUGUUCGUCGCAAAACUCGCAAAAGUCCAGCAAGAACGCGACCUCUCCGGCACACCACACGGAGGACCGCAAGCAGUGGAUGCAGGACGCUAUGAAGGAUUGCUCAAAGAGGCUUGACAAUAUUUCCUUGCGCGGCCAACAGUCAGGGCCGCCCGCGCCACCGGUGAAGCUCGUCGAGGCGUACUCGAGCCAUGUCUGGAGCGACACCGAGCACAUCUACGAGACGAUACCGGAGUCAGACAGCGAGCCCAUUUACUCGUCGCCGUAUGAGCACCAUCAGCAUUGGACGACGCAAUCCUCGACGACGAAUCAUGCCGCGACGUUGCAACACGUACAACCGAAUCACGCGACCGGCAAUCAAAAGUGGCACUCGUCUUCAAAGAGCAACAGCUCCGGCGAAGAGAAGGACAGCUCGAGCGCGUACAACACAGGCGAGUCUUACCACAGCAAUCCUCUCACUCUGGAACUCCAUCAAGGUGAAAGAGACCAUCAUAAGAGCACGUUGGUGCUGUGCCCACCACCGAAGGCGCAGCAACAGCAAGCACAGCAGCAGAAACUGGGCUGCAACUGUCCCAUGCCGGUGACACCCACGACGACUUCCGCCGCCAAGCAGUCGAAGAAUCAGAGCACGAGGAAGAGCUCAUCCUCGUCGCACCAUCACCGAGAUCGCAAUGAGCCAACGAUGACGAACGCUAAUACACUACCGGCCGACACAAUGUACACAAACGUGGCGAAUCUGCAGCAAACGAUGAUGCUGCAGCAGCAGCUAUUCAAGCAAGCACUCAAUCGCCGGAAUCUCACCACCAAGGAGACCAGCGGCGCGCGGAAAUCUAAGUCGCACGGUAACUUCCAAGCGCCGAAUCUGACGCAGUAUCAGUUCGUCGGCAGCCAGCAGGUGUGCACAUCCACGUGGAUACCGCCGGAGGAUAAGGGCGAAGUGCAGAUGGAGUGGAAGGUAAAAAGACGGGCGGACGGGACGAGGUAUAUCGCCAGGCGGCCCGUGAGGAAUCGGAUAUUGCGAAAUAGGGCAAUCAAGAUAUCCGAGGAGAGAGCCGGUCACACAACCGAGGACGACACUAUGUCGGAGAUGAAGGUAGGACGAUAUUGGAGCAAGGAAGAGCGCAAACGGCAACUGGAGCGUGCACGCGAACGCAAACAACGGCAACAAGAGCUAUUGCUGCAGCAGCAGCAGCAGCAGCAAAUGCAACAGACCAACGAUGUACUAAUAUGCGAACACACGGAGGACAAAGUAUCGAAGAAGCCGCUGAAUAUUGUCGAACUCAGUCACAAGAAGAUGGCGCGCAAAAAGACGACCCUGGACGACUUCACCACCGUGCAAGAAAUGUUAGUUCACGGAAAUAGGGUGGGAGCAGGUGGUCCUGGCACGGGAGGGAAAUUAAUGGGUCUACUGUCGGUUACUACAGUAUAAGUGGACUCGUUGUACCUUUUAGUUUGCCAAGUUUUAAUCGCUUGCCACGUGAAUAUUGAAAUACAAUGCGCAUGGAGACACGCGUCCCCCGCGGGCAUGCGAUUGUUGCAACGAGAUGGCUUAACGCGGCAGGCGUGCAGCUGAGAUUCCGGAACUUUAGCACGGUGCAAUCCACGCGACACAUUGUCCGUUUAUAUCGUGUGCACGUGCAAUGUUCCGCUCACGGACGUAAUUGUUGGAUAACGAGCUGAAAGCUCACGGAAGGUGUUUAACAGUUAUUCGAACGAUCCCUACGGGACUGUUUACUCGGGAUACGACGCGUAUGCGCGUAUACAUACACAUAGAAGUGCGUAAGUUUACUUGGCGGCCAGAACAGGAAGCAAAAUCCUUGUAAUCGCGCGACAAAUGUUACACGUCGCGCUGUUCGCUCCUCGAUGAAGAGGAGAAGACAAUUUGAUAUCACAGUUUUUGAAAUAUAUACAUAGACGACGAGGACGACGGCGAGACUUUCUCAUUGUCGGUUCCCUCGAAUGCGAUACAUUCGGCGAUGUUCAAAUACUUGUGAUUCUACGACGAGAAAGAAGCGCGGCGGCGCGCGCAUUGAACUGCAAUAAAACGAGGAAGCUUACGUUAUCGCUGUUGUGUGUACACAUGCGUGGAGUUUAUAUACAGCACGUUCGCCCUAACUGAUACUGUAAAUAUUCGUCGUACACGAUAAUUUAUGUAGAUUUUACACGUGCGUGUGCCCGCCCGCACGCGGCAGGAGGACUUCACAUACGCAGUGGAAUACUUUUCACCAUUGUGCUACGUGGUGAUUAUAGGUUUGUAGAUAUGUAUGAUAAACUUAAGCACAACACGUGUAUUAAUGUGGCACACGUGGAUAUUCUUUUCGCUUUGUGCUCUGAGACAAACAUGGUGUAUAUCUCGAGAGAUCAUCGCCUCAACGAUCAAUUGCGUUGUAAAAUUAUUUUCAUGGUUUAAGUAGAAACAAUAUUAUUCACAGCGCCGGCGGUACUCUCUUCCUCAUCCUCUCUCUUUCCCUCUCUGGCGAGUAUCGUCUACAGAUCGUAGAGUGUACGCAGUCUUGUGAUUUUUACACUGUUUUUGUAAAGCAUUUAGGGAACGGACAGAGUGUUGAUGUACGCCAGAAAUACGAUUGAGGGAGAUGUGUGCAGGCUACAGUGAAUACAAUGCGUGUGAAUCGUGUUUUACCCUUAAUCGCAUACUGCGUGUAUCGAAUCGAUCAAUUGUUAUUUUUCGUUCGGAUACUUUUCGUUCGCGCCUCCCAUCCCUCCCAAGAGAGAUAAUCAAACAUUAGGAUUCUAUGCUGCCGAAUAACCGUGACCCUAUAUAUUUUAAAGCACACGUGCGUAUAAGUGGCGAGAAAAAUGUGAAUAAGAAGCGAAAUAAGGAGGAAAAUAAGGAGCCCGUCAGGCGUAAUCAAUCGUCGCGAACUUCCCGAGAUGAGAGUUUACUGCGCAAGAUAUCUGCUGCGACCAGAGAACAAUGUUAGAUACAAUAUAACGUUGUAGAAAAUAUGCCGUACGAUGUAGAUUAAGCACAUAAAAGCGCACGUAUGCUGUCUUUUGUAUGUAGAUGCGACGUAACGAUUCUAAAAAAAAAAAAAGAGGAAAAAAGAAAAAAAAGAGAAAAAAAUGUGUAAUGUAAAUAAAACCCGAAUAAAACGUAAUAUUAAUAUAUACAACGGUGGUGACGAAUUAACGAGUCCAUAAAUAUCGUCGCAAUUCACAGAAUUUUACGGCGACAUUCUGUAAUAAAAUCCGAAGCGCGAUGAGGGAGAGCAGGAGAGUAGAGGCAACAAUCGGAUUGACUAUAAUGCGAAUUUGAUUUCGAGGACGACGGGGAAGCGAUGAACGUGUUACGAGAAUAGAAAAAAAGACUGCUC